AUGUACACUAAAAGAUCCGACACAUUCUGCGACUCCCGGGUUAGAACACAAACGAUGUACACUGAAAGAUCCGACACGUUCUGCGACUCCCGGGUUAGAACACAAAAAAUGUACACUGAAAGAUCCGACACGUUCUGCGACUCCCGGGUUAGAACACAAACGAUGUACACUGAAAGAUCCGACACGUCCUGCGACUCCCGGGUUAGAACACAAACGAUGUACACUGAAAGAUCCGACACGUCCUGCGACUCCCGGGUUAGAACAGAAAAGAUGUACACUGAAAGAUCCGACACGUCCUGCGACUCCCGGGUUAGAACACAAAAGAUGUACACUGAAAGAUCCGACACGUCCUGCGACUCCCGGGUUAGAACACAAACGAUGUACACUGAAAGAUCCGACACGUCCUGCGACUCCCGGGUUAGAACACAAAAGAUGUACACUGAAAGAUCCGACCGCGUCCUCGCGACUCGGGUUAGAACACAAGCGAUGUACACUGAAGAUCCGACUACGUCCUGCGACUCCGGGUUGAACACCACAAGCGAUGUACACUAG